CUGUUUACACCUUAACCGUUUCAUUACACAGACGCUUUGGAAAAUCGGCGACAUUCCCCUUUCGUAAGCAAGGAAAAGGGUUAAGGCUGAGGCGCUAAACUGGGAUAAUGGUUUGGGACUUUAGACUUCUUAACAUUCUUUUUUCUGAGGGCAACGUUUUUCUCGAAUUUGAUCACUUUGCAUCUCUUUCUUGUCCUGUUUUUGGGACGUAAGCGCCUUCCCAGAAAGCCUUGCACCUGCUGCUGCCAAGUGCUAUGGUGGUCAGUUCUGGUGGAAGGCUUAAAGUUGUCGUCGGCCAAACAAGUCAGUUUGCACGAAUCGAGCUGAAAAGUGCAUUGUUGCAGGAGUUUUUCUGGUUUAAUCUGGGGAGGAUUGUACAGCGGUGUGUAUCACAUGCUCGGGCUGAGCCGCAACGACGGAGCGCAGGGAUCUAAUGUAACAACACCGGGGCAAGAAAGCGUUCCCCUGAGUCUGGAGCCGCGAUACUCGGCGGUGUUUUCGGAUGUGUUAGCAGAGAACGGCCUGCAUAAACUUCUGUUUGAGCGUGUAAGGUGGAAGGAGAGACUCUGGUACCCGCUCGGCCAUGUCUUACAGCCAGCGUGCUCUGGUGGUGCUGGCGCUGCUCGGCGUUUUGUCCUCGGUAAUGUCCGUCCUGUCCGUGUUCCUCAUCUUCCAGCUCCAGGCUCGGCAGGGGAAGGACUCGCCUUCCGUCGUGCCGAGCGAGAUCUCGGCGGUUUUAAUGCCGGUCGCCGUCGUGCUGUCAGCACUUUCUCUCACUCUCAACUUCAGCUCUGUGGUCGUGUGUCUGCUGCACAGCUACCUCACUACCGAUAUAUGCCGAGGAGAAGACGACACUCAGAGAGCUGACUGGUUUCUGUUGGACAGCAGGUCUGUCCGGCAUGUCGCCAUUGGAUUGUUCUGCCUUGGAAUCUCUGUUUACUUGGGAGCGAUGGCUCUCUACAUGCUGCUCGUCUUCGAGAUUGAGACGGGAAUAGCCAGCGUUUGUGUACUCUCCUCUGGUGUACUGGUACUGCUGGUUAUAGUGGCUCACUCGCUGUUCCGGGCCGCGCACACAGCCAAGCAUUUCCGCAACCAACAUGUCAACACUGUGUACCAGAACGACCCUGAGAGUAGCCCUGGCAUUCACACAUCACAGCUUAGCUUCAUAGAGAAACCCAGGAGGCAAGCCAGCAUGCACCGCCAGUUCCCCUACACACCCUCCACUGAUCCCAAACAACAGUGCUCGCCAACCAGUGGCCCACACAGCCACUCCAGUGAAAGAGAGGCCUACAGUGGCAGUGGCCGGAUGCACAGGACCCUGUCUGCAGAGUCUGGCCUGCUCCAGGCACAAACAAAGCCCUGGAACGGCAUCAACAAUGAGAUGAGAACUGUGUUGGCUCGCAAAGCCACAAGCAAAGACUCCACAUUAGUAUGAGCAACUGGAAGCACAGAGUAGCUUUCAGUUUUACAUGUUAAACUGUUGCUUCUUUUACUGUACACAUAGUGUUACGUUGCCAGUACAAGGACACUUAAUUAACUGUAUACGUACAUGCCUAAUAUAACUAGGUACACACCAAUAGAUAUAAAUAUUAAACAGUGGACUUACAGUACUAUGCAAAGUCACAGACCACCCUUUGUACAUUUAAUUUCCCAUCAAAACAGACAUUAAAUUUUAAUUUUAAAUAUUAAAUAUUAAAGUUAGCAAAUAUUCAAAAGGAGAAAGUGAAAGGAAAAUACAUGACAAAAAGGUUUCUUACUAAAACUGGAGUUGAAAAAAGUAUUAAAUGUUACAUAUAAAAUGGGACUUAACAACCGUGCAAGACCUGGUAAACUACCAAACUCUCAGAUAAACAGUACAUAAAGCUUUCAUCUUUGAGAGGAGAAAAAACCAAGGUCCACAUUUGCUUCAGCUCUGAAAAAAAA